AUGAAGCUGGCAGCACUUUUCGGCUCGACGUUGCUCGUCAUCUGUAUGCAGAUGGUUAGCUGCAGCAGCAUGACACCAGUGUACGGUGCAAAAGCUCCAGCAUCGCCCGCCGACUGUCCUGCUCACAGUUACGUUGCGAGCAAGCGGGUAGGAAUCUAUCCCGAAACUCCUAGCGCCCAUCUUUAUGGCAGCGUCGAGAGCAGCGAGGAACAUCCGACUACCGAUCACUACAUGCCCAUGGGACCGUGCAAGGAUGGCCAGUGUGCCGGCAAACGGCUGCCCGUGUCUAUCUGUGUGCAGCUGCCUGGGGCGGCACCGAAGAAACUGUCCAAGAACCUGCUCCAGCAGAUCAUCUGCUCGCUGAUGCACGAUCCAGCUGCACCCGCUUCGCCCGCCCACUACACGCCGUACGAACCGCAGCACAAGAAACCCUGCGAAUACCCGAAGAAACCGUGCGAAUGCAGCAAAAAGCCUUACACGCCACCGAAGGAACCGUGCGACAAGCCGAAGGAGACCUACGAACCCGUGCACAAGGUGUACGAACCUACGCCAAAGCCUUGCGCUCACGAACCGACCAAGAAGCCGUACACUCCACCAUGCAAACCGACCUACGCUCCCGAGAAGGAGUCGUACGAGCCGCCCAAGAAGCCGUACACUCCGCACGUGCCAUGCAAAGCGACCUACGCUCCGGAGAAGGAAUCGCCCAAGAAGCCUUACCCCGUGCAGAAACCGACCUACGGAGCAUCGGUUGAGAUGUACGAAUCCCCGAAGAAGUCUUACGCCCAGCAGCAUGAAGUGUACAGCCCGCCGAAAGAAUCGUACGCGCGUGUACAGUACGGUGCACCAAAGGAGCCUUGCGCAACUACUCCCAAGCCUUACUAUAAGCCAACCACUCCGGCUCCCUGUACCACCGGCCAUCCUACCUCCUACCCAGCGCAUCCCACGCCGCCAGCCCAUCCUUACACCUACCCCACUGCCCAUCCACCGACCGCCACCUACGCUCCGUACACGGCGGCGCCACGCUACCCCUCGAUGUCGUACAAUGCGCCCAGCUAUCCGAAGCCCAGCGCGGGCAGCUACGAAUCGAAGGCACCGGUACCGACCUAUCCGAAGACAUCGAAGAAGACGUGCGGCUGUGCUGAACACUCGCGUCCCAGCCAUAGCUACAGCUAUUAG